AUGGAAGAUAGUAUCAACAUGCAGAACGAAGACUCAUUCGCCUUUAUUUCAGAAAUCUCUCGUGUAUCCACUUCUCAGGAACACCUCUUGCAACACACACCCUUCGCCGGAGACACUCGCACCUCACAAGAUACGCCAUCCCAGUUUGAACCCGAAAUUCCAAUCUCCUCCGCCCCCAUUGUCUUUCUCUCUCCUCCCGAUACCCAAGAAGUUUUCCACACUCCACCCGAGGAGUAUUCGCUUCCUUCUUCCGACGUUGAUGUUCCUUACUGUCCGGUUAAUCAGGUCAUUGAUGUUGAUUCUUGCUCCCAGGUGUUCGUUGAUUCGGAGUUUGUGGAUUUUGGAAAGGAUUCCGAAUUAGGGUUUUUGGAUGUUCGGUUGAAGAAUGAAACGGAUGCUGAUUUUGUCCCGGAGAGCUCACACGGUGUUGAGCGUGAUGAACAUUCUGAUGAAUUUAGGGUUUCCGAAAGGGGAAUUUCUGAUUUGGGUGUGUCGCCGGUGAAAAAAUCGAAAUUAGAUUUUGAUUCCUUGGGGAAUAGUUUGGGAGCUCAACCUUCACAGAGUGUUGUAGAUGAUGGGAUGAUAAAUUCUGAGGAAAAGGUGGAAAGUCCCUGCAAUGUUGUGGGUGGUGAAAAAGUGAAUGUUGUGAACAAUGAUGACUUUUGCAGGGAAAUUCCAAUGGACGAUAACUCUGUCCCAGAGGAAAAUGUUGAAACUCAAGCUGUUCAAAAUGCUGAGGAUGUCAACUUGGUUGAGGGGAACAGGGCAAGCGGUGAGAUUGGAGAAGGUUCUGGAACAUGCGAGGAUACGGUGUUGCGUGUGCUGCCAAACUCAAUUCGUUGUCUUUUGGAGAAAUCAACUGCAACUGCAAAUGGUUUGGAAUCUAAGAAGGUUGAGGAGAAAAACAACUUUUCUGUUUUUGGUGUGUUGAAAAUUCUCUCUGAGAACGGUGUUGAAGAAGAAGAUGAUGGGCUUACUGUGUUGGAAGCUGCAAAGCGCUCUGGUAUUACUUUUCCUCGUCCAAUAUGGUGGCCGGACCAUAUGAAAUCUGAAUUAUUCAACUUUGAUGAUCAGGUUUAA